GCGCUCGAGGAGAAGCGCGCGACCACAGGCUGCAGUAGGCUAGGCGCAGACUACACAACACGGCAUAGCGCUUCAGUCCCGUGCAACCGGACGCCUCGUAGAUUCAUCACAGGAAUCGCUUUACUGGACACCUGAGCUGUGGACGUCUGGUUGAAACGGGAGAAUCCGCUAACUAAAACACUCCUCCUAAGCAGUCUUACUGGCAAGCUGCGGAUACUGCCUUAUGUUUGAAUGCUCACACUGAGUGUUGAUCGCAAGGCCUGGUUGCUUUGACCUGGAGGGAAAGGAUUUGCAUGUAACACACCCUGAUAUGGACAGGAACAGGAAGUGCAUCUGUGAAGGAGCGAUGAUGAUGAUGAUGAUGCUGCUGGGUCACAUGACCACUGCAUUAGAAGUGCCUCUUGACCCUAAAGUUCUGGAGGGAUUACCGCAGCCUCCCACAAUAACUCAUCAGUCCCCCAAGGAUUACAUCAUCGACCCUCGGGAAAACAUCAUUAUCCACUGUGAGGCCAAAGGAAAGCCUCAACCCAGCUUUUUAUGGACGCGUAACGGCACUCACUUCGAUGUGGAGAAAGAUUCGAAAGUGACCAUGAAGCCCAACUCGGGCACUUUGGUGAUCGAGAUCAACGGAGAGAAGGUGGAAGCGUACGAGGGCGUUUACCAGUGCAUCGCCCGAAACGUGCACGGCUCGGCUGUGUCCAAUAACAUCGUCAUCCGGCAAUCAAGGUCCCCCUUGUGGUCGAAAGAGAAAAAUGAUCCAAUCACAGUGCAGAAGGGCAUGUCUCUAGUACUGCAAUGCAGACCACCGGCUGGACUGCCUCCUCCGAUUAUCUUCUGGAUGGAUAACAAUUUCCAAAGGCUUCCCCAAAAUAGCCGCGUGUCACAGGCUUUAAAUGGAGACCUGUACUUUUCAAACGUGAUCAUGGAUGACACAAGAAGUGACUACAUCUGCUACGCCCGCUUCCCUCACACCCAGACCAUACAACAGAAGCAGCCAAUCACAGUCCAUGUGCUGGACAUUGAAGCUAUGAAUGACACUGUGUUGGCAGCUUUUUUGAAUGGCUCAGAUUUUUGGGGUGACAGUCCAUCUGGGGAGAGAGCACCCACUUUUAUGCACCCACCGGGAACACGCAGUACCACCAUAGUCUUGAAAGGAGACACACUGGAGCUGGAAUGCAUCGCGGAUGCCCUCCCAACCCCAGAUAUCUCUUGGAGUAAAGUGAACGGAGAGCUGCCCAGAGGCCGCAUUUCAUUGCACAGUUUCCAGAAAACCUUGAAGAUAACGGAGAUGACAGAAGCAGACGCCGGAGAUUACCGGUGUUUCGCAAAGAACCGCCUGGGGAGCAACCAACACAUCAUCACUGUCAUUGUCAAAGCGGCACCCUUUUGGAUCAGCGCCCCUCAGAACCUCAUCCUGGCCCCUAAAGAAACAGGGAUGCUCACAUGCCGGGCCGAUGGCAACCCUAAGCCCAAGGUCACCUGGUUUGUCAACGGUGUGGCCAUCGAGAAUUCACCCGUGGAUCCCAGUCGGAAAAUCGAAGGUGAUGUCAUCAUCCUUAGCGAUGUGCAGACUGGCUCCAGUGCAGUUUACCAGUGUAAUGCUUCCAAUGAGUACGGAUACCUGCUGGCCAAUGCAUUCGCCAGUGUCCUGACUGAACCUCCAAGGAUCCUGACUCCUGCAAACCAUGUGUAUGCAGUCAUUACAAAUAGCAGGGCUCUGCUGGACUGUGCUGCAUUUGGAUCACCUCUUCCGAAGAUCACGUGGUUUAAAGACGGACAAAGCAUACUGGAUGGCGACUUGUACAUCAUACAUAAGAAUGGCACAUUGGAGAUUAACGUGGCUCAGCAACUAAACGGUGGCAAAUACACCUGCAUAGCCUCUAACAAUCUUGGCAACAAAGAAAAUUAUGUGCAUUUGGAAGUGAAAGAACCAACACGGAUCCUAAAGCUGCCAGAAUACAAAGUGGUCCAAAGGAACGGCAUCGCAGUGUUUGAGUGUAAGGUAAAACACGACCCUACGCUCAUCCCUUCCAUGAUAUGGCUCAAAGACGACGGAGAGCUACCGGAUGACCCACGAUUCGAGCUAGGCUCUGAUAGUUUGACUAUACACGAAGUGACGGAGGAUGACGAGGGCCCAUACACCUGUAUCAGAAACACCACCCUGGACCAAGAUUCGGCAAGCGCCACGCUCACUGUAGUUGAAGCCACACCAACGCCACCUGUAAUACUGGAGCAACCAGACCCUCCUACAGACUUGGAGCUGACGGACCAACGAGAGCGUAGCGUACGGCUGACAUGGACCCCUGGAAAUGAUCAUAACAGCCUCAUUAAAUUGUUCCUCAUUCAAUAUGAAGAUUCGCUCCAUGAGCCAGGAGUUUGGGUCAAUAUGACCGAGGUCCCUGGAACCACCACCACGGCCCAUCUCGACCUGUCUCCACAUGUAUAUUACUCAUUCAGAGUACUGGCACUGAAUGAUGUGGGUCUAAGUGAACCCAGCAACCCAUCCGGACAGUACCGAACCAAUCCCGCCAAGCCUGACAUGAAUCCAUCCGAUGUUGAGGUUAUUGGCACUUCUAAGGAUAGUAUGACUGUAACUUGGAAGGAACUGACAGGAUCGGAGUCGAACGGUCCGGGUCUACAGUACAAGGUCAGCUGGAGAAAAAAAGAUGUGGAGCAGCGCUGGACGUCACUCACUCUGGCCAACGUCUCGCAGUAUGUGGUGACGGGAACGCCCACUUUCGAACCCUAUGAGGUCACGGUACAAGCGAUCAAUGACUAUGGACCAGGGCCAAGACCAGAGGUAGUGCUGGGAUACUCUGGAGAGGACUCACCUACUGUUGCACCAGAGAAUGUCCAAGUUUCGGUUCAUAAUGGGACACUGGCUGAAGUCCAUUGGGAUGCUGUUCCUCUUUCAACAGUCCGUGGUCGACUAAAGGGAUACAAGGUGAGCUACUCGAAGCGGAGAAGUCUCCAUAGGCAAGAUAUCGAGCCUGAGGAGCCACAGGUGAUCAUCUUCAGUGGAAAUGAGACAGUGGGUCGUCUGUCCGACCUCCAUCCCUACAGCGAAUACACCCUUAACAUUAAAGUCUUCAAUGGUUACGGAGACGGACCCACCAGCUCCGAUCAGCAAUUCGAAACUCCAGAAGGAGUGCCCGGACCUCCUACCGAAUUAAAAAUCAGAAAUCGGGACCUGGACUCAUUGAUAGUGGAGUGGGCACCGCCUCUGAAAGACAACGGUCAUCUCACUGGAUACCUGCUCAGAUAUCAGCCUAUCAAUGCAACAGAUGAACUUGGGCCGCUAAAAGAGCUUCCUCUGCCAGCAAAUGAGACCAGCGCAACUCUCGACAACCUCAAGUACAGCACACGCUACAAGAUCUACUUGAAUGCCAUGACGGUCAAGGGCUCGGGACCCACCGUUAUUGAAGAGGCUGUUACUGUUAUGGAUGAAGCAUUAAUUCGACAUCCCGCAGUAGAGGCGGGUAAAGGCUCAACCCCCCUUCCACCUCAACCAACACCCCCUGUCACUCAAUCUUUGCAGUCUCCGUUCCACAAGGCGCCCCCUUCAGGUCGGAUGUUUGGGUUCGUGAACUCCUCGGUGGAGGAGGACCAUGCCGUGAUAAGCUGGGAAUACUUGGGGCCAGAUAGGAAUGUUUAUGUGGAAUAUGUUGUUGAUAACAGUAAAGAACCUUGGAAAACCGAAUUUGUUAAUGGCACUCGGACGUAUCAGAUUAAAGGUCUAAAGCCCGGGAUUUCCUAUAGGGUUCGUGUGGUAGCCAAAGACCAUUCGGACGCAACGGUCCACAGUACAGAAGAGAUGUUGAUUACAGUUCCAGCUAUGAGCAGCAAGCAGGUUGAUAUAGCGACACAGGGCUGGUUCAUCGGACUCAUGUGUGCCAUCGCUUUACUGAUCCUGGUGCUACUCAUCGUUUGCUUCAUUAAGAGGAACAAAGGAGGCAAAUAUCCAGUAAAAGAGAAAGAAGACGCACACCAAGACCCAGAGAUCCAACCAAUGAAAGAGGAUGAUGGGACAUUUGGUGAAUACAGUGACACGGAGGACCACAAGCCCCUGAAGGGCAGCCGGACCCCGUCCAACGGCACGGUGAAGAAGGACGACAGCGACGACAGCCUGGUGGAUUACGGCGAGGGUGGCGACGGCCAGUUCAACGAGGACGGCUCAUUCAUCGGCCAGUACAGCGGCAAGAAGGAAAAAGACACGGCGGAGGGCAACGAGAGCUCGGAGGCUCCCUCGCCGGUCAACGCCAUGAACUCUUUUGUGUAACGACCUAUAACCUUUGACCCACACCACGCCCUCAUCGUCACACCAUCGUAUGGAGAACAGGCUAUCUCUGCUGCACUGUGACCUCACGACAUCACAGCGAAAGAAUCCCAAACGACACUCCUCAUAAGAAUGUCAAAACGUUAAAGUAGCAGUGAGGGACGAAUGCAGUAUACGGUAUAUAUGCAAGAGGACUUCUGGACCACAGGACCUUGAUCGGUCAAAAUGAAGGUCACGUGACAUUUAGAUGAAAUUGCUUGUAUAAUUUCGGCAAGUAUGCACUAGAAAGUUUCGGGACACUUAAGCUACACUUAAAAAUAUAGAAAUGUUUUUGCAUUAAAUAAAAUAUCAAAGUACAGUUUCAGGCAAAGUAUUUCACAAAAUUUGUGAAAGUCCCCAUGAACAGACUUUACUUCUGUGUUGUAACGUAUUUACCGAUAAUAACCGAGUGAAAUGGAAUACCACACAAGGAAAAUAGUGGGUGUGGCUUGUGCCUCAUACUGUGAAUUGAUUGAAAAAUAGAAAAGUGGACAUUUCAUUCAAAAAAUGGAAUUCGCACCCGACUGAUUCAUUGCAAACAAGUGAAUAACCAUCUUCUCACUAAAUGACGAAAGACGGAUGAUGUGAACUCCGCUGCUUUACUCUCAUUGGUAGUCGCUCCGGAAAGUUGCUCGUCAUUUGCAUAAAGUUGAGCGGUUCUUAACUUUGUCGCGUAGCUGGACACGCCCACUUCCUGUGCCAACAAUCAUGGGAAGUCGGCAAGCUUUCACUACGCCAUUGCAUUAUGCACGCAGCAGUUGCAGGGGGCAGGGUUAACAAAUGCUCCGCCCACUCCGUCAAACUGACGUCAUCAGUUUAUGAGCGCACAAGAAUAAUAAAAAAUAAUGACCUGCACGGAUAAAUUGUUGAUAAUGAACAUUGCAAAUUUCCAUAAAAAAAUAAGAAUAGUCAGUUUUUGAUUUCAUGGGGACUUUAAUGCCUUGUCCACACGGACACGGGUAUUUUUAUGACCGUGACUUUUUUACGCGGUUCAGCCACACGAAAACGCAGUAUCACGGCAUUUUAAGAAACGCCGGUUACAGCAUUGCCUUCCGAUGUCACUUUUGUUAGGCUUCUGAUUGGCCACGAUUUGAGUUAUAACACCACCUGCUGGUAUGGAAUGCUCUUGACAGUGCUUGAUAGGGUGUUUUUUGCUUUUUCACGAGGAUUUCUUUUAAACCGAGCAUGUGUGGACGGGAUUUUUUGGAGGAAAAACUCUGGUUAUAAAAAUACCCGUGUCCGUGUGGAGUACGUAUUAGAACGAUGGUUGCCAAAUGUUAACGUAACACUUCUACACUGCAAAAAAUUAUUCAUUCAAUUUACUAAUUUUUUUAAGGUAAGUGGUUGCAAUCAAUUUAUUUAAUCUACAUUUAAAAAAAAAUACAAAUAAAUAAAAAAAAAUUUUUUUAAAUGUCAAAUAAAUUGAUUGCAACCACUUACCUUUAAAAAUCUGUAAAUCGAAUGAAUCAUUUUUUUCACAUUAACUAUACACUGAAAAAAAUGAUUCAUUCAAUUUACUACUUUUUUAAGGUAAGUGGUUGCAAUCAAUUUAUUUAAGCUCCAUCAUUUAAUUUUUUUUAUUUAUAUAUUUUUUUGUUUAAAUGUAGAUUAAAUAAAUUGAUUGCAACCACUUACCUUAAAAAAAUUAGUGAAUUGAAUGCAUAUUUUUUUCACAAAAAAAUGAUUCAUUCAAUUUAUGAUUAAUUCAAUUUAAGUUAAGUGGUUGCAAUCAAUUUAUUUAAUCUAUAUAAAAAAAAUUAUAAAUAAAAAAAAUUGUUUAAAUGAUGGAGUUAAAAUAAAUUGAUUGCAACCACUUACCUUAAAAAGUGGUAAAUUGAAUAAAUCAUUAUUUUCAGUGUAUAGUUAAUGUGAUGAACUCCAUCUGUGGUUACUUUGCUAGGACAUUUCUGUGAAAUAAAACGACUAUAAAUUUAGGUAAAACUUGGCUAAGACAAACCUCUAGCUUUGAUAUUUUGUCAUAUAAUGCAAAAGCAUUCCUACACUCAAUAAAAUGCUGUUUUUUAAACCUAGUGUUGAGUCAGAAAGAGACGAAUCCAACUCUAUGCUGGGUUGUUUUAACCCAUUGUUGGGUCAAAUGUAUACAUUUUCUUGUUUGAUUUAACCCAACGCCUGAGUUUGUCCCUUUUAAACCCAGAUUUUUAAGUGUGGAUUAGAUGUCCAAAUACGCUUUGGGAACUACUGUAUAGCAAACUGUGUAUCUAUGAAUAUAUAAAUUGCACCAUGGACUUGCAUAGACUGGAUUAAUACACCUUCAGUGAAUGGACCUGAGCUAGCCUUGUGGAGACCGUGAACCUCGUCUGACUGUGCUCACCCGCUUCACAGCUACAGUAAUGCCUGUACUGUCGUCAGUGUUCAAAUCCGUAUUAUACACAUUAAGGGCACCAAUGUCUUUGUGACGUUUGUGACUACCUUUACAAGCUGUACUAUUUAUCAGAGUAAAUCACGGUAAAAAUGGGAAUCAGGGAUGUGGGCUAGCAUGUUUUGACACACAGAAACUCUCACACACAAAUAUUUGCUGUAUUUAUUUUUUAUUUUAUGCCCCCUUUUUCCUUUGAAAAGGUUAUAUGUUAAGAAGACUCUAUGGCUUCAUUCACUGUUAUUCGAAAGCCCCCAGUCAACCAUGUACGUAGCAUGCACCCUCUGGUCAUCCAAGCCCUCGGUGGGCACGAACAUCUCCGAAGUCCUCUGUGGGGUCUCACAGUAUGGGAUGCAUCGAAAGCCUCAGCACGGUUCUUUAGUGCCUUGGUAGAAAUGAUCAUCAACAAAUUCCCUUCGCUUUAAUUCGACGAGGAAAUGAUGUCACCUCUUUGUAUGGGAACCCAGCCACCACCACAGAACUGCAGAUUGAUACUGUACAGACUGCCAAAAAUACUGCCACUGUUUCCAUUCAUUGGCACUUUGGAAAGCUCAUGGCCUGCGGAAAUACACAUCUUCGCACAUGUACCCAUCAUGUUCUUGCAUGUUAAGCUGUAAAUCAGGGCUUCAUGAAACACAGUGGUGCUGUCAUCGAAUAUGGCUGGAGUGUGUUGUAUGUAUGCAUUUUGUGCAGGCAAUGUGUGUGCAUGUGUGUCUGAAUAUGUGUGUGUCCACUGUAUAUACUUUAGAUUGAUUUAGCUUUGUCAUAACUUGCAUCAAGUUUUACUUUGCUUUUAAAUGUAUAGAUAUUACAUUGAUUUGGGUUUAAGAUGUGUGGACGAGCCAGGAGUUGAGAUACACCAUCGCGGCCCGGUACCUACCCAAGACUAUCCCAGCAGUCUGUGCACACAAAAGCACUUGCAAAGUGACAACUAUCCCUGUUCUUAAAUCCAAAAACUGGAACUCAAUAAAGUGCGAAAAGGCCAAGUCUUUCAUACACAGUGUACCGCCUGAUCUCAGAUACACUUCAGCUGUUAUUCUUUCACUGGCUCUGUUGUUUUAUUUUCUAUAUGGCCAGGCGUUUCUGCAUUUUUUGGUUCACAAACCUUUUUUGUAGGAAAAUUUAGAAGGGGAAUCAAAGAAACGGACACAUUCCCAAAGAUGAAGGGCAGAUUACGCCCAUACAUGGGUGGGUGCGCAAUCUGUUGAUGUGUUCGUGUCAGAGGGGGCGACGAAGACUGAAAAGUAGUGUGUGAAAUAAUAUUCUGGUUAAUGUUAAAGUUACAUGAAAAUAAAGCAUGAAAGGCUGUGAAAUGGUUUACUCUAUAAUAUAAUCACAAAAAUAUUUUGUAUAUAAAAGAAUUAAAAAUAAAUGUUGG